GCGUGCCACCGUGACAAGUCGUAGCAGCAGCAGUAGCAGCGGCGGCGUUGACAGCGGCAGCAGCAGCAUGGCGUACCGGCGGCGGCACCAGUGAAGAAGCACCCCCCGGGGUGGGCUGCGUGAGCCGAGUCGAGCCGCAGAGCUGCUGGGGGGGGGAGGUGGUGGUGGUGGUGGUGGGGGAGUGGGACCGGGACCGGGGUCGCCAUGUGGUCGCCUACGGAGCGAGAGAAGUUGGGAGUAGUCAUUUGCAGCUUCUCCGGCGGCGUGCCCCAUGGGCUGGCCCUGGACAUCGGCGAAGGCGUGCAGCUUCUGGAACGGUUCGACGGCUGGUACCGGGGCUUCAACGUUAAGAAUCCCGACGCCAAGGGGAUUUUCCCGGCCUCCCACAUUCACGUGAAGGAAGCGACCGUCGGCAAUAGAGGGAAGUACGAGACGGUGGCCGCCGUGGAGGACCCCACGGUGGCGGAGGUGACGAGCACGCUGCGCGAGUGGGGCCUCCUGUGGAAGCAGCUCUACCUGAGGAACCACGGCGAUCUGUUCCACCGGCUGCGACACGUCAUUCAGGAGCUGCUGGACCUGCGCCGGCAGCUGCUCUCCGGAGUGCUCACCCAGGAGCAAAUCCGUGACGUCAAGCGCCACUCCACGGCACGCCUCGACUGGGGCAAUGAGCAGCUGGGCCUGGACCUGGUGCCGAGGCAGGAGGAGUUCCGGAUGGUCGACCCUGACGAAAUCAGCGUCACCGAGUUGUUCCGGCUGCAUGCUCCCAAUCGGUGCCGCGUGCGCAACUGUGUCGGCCGGUCGGAGAGCCGCCUCCGUCGGCCCGAGGGCCCCCGGCCGCCGGCAUCGCACCACCUACAGCUGGCGUUGCGCAACUUCACAUGCAACGUGUUCGGGGACGAGGCCGAGGUCCUGUUCUCGCUCUAUGACUCACGCGAAGCUCGCACCAUCAGCGAGCGCUUCCUCGUUCGGAUCGAGCGCAACGGGAUGCCCAAGUGCUGCGAACGGCUGGACCGCCAGUGCGUCCUCUUCACCGACCUGGGAAGCAGCGAGCUGAGACAGGACCUGUACGUCGUGGCGCACGUUAUCCGCGUUGGACGAAUGCUGACGGACUCGAAGCGCGCCGCCACCGGUGCUCCGUACCGGCGUCCGCACGGCUGCGCGGUGCUCAGCGUGGCCGAGCUGCUCGCGAGCAACGAGGCCGACUCCUGCCGGCGCGCCGAGCGCGAGUUCAUGCUCAAAGUCUACACAUGCAGUAAUGAGAACGAUUGGCAUCAGAUCCAUGAGAACAUCAUCCGUAAGUCAAGCAGCAAGUACAACACCGUGAGCUCCAACUACGGCCUGCUGGUGUCCCUGCAGCUCUUCCACGGGGACAUGGAAGUGGUGCGCCGGGAGAACCCGCUGGCGCUGGGUCGCGGGGUCUCAAUCGCGCGCAAGCUCGGUGCGGCGGAGGUCAUCAUGCCAGGCGACAUGCGCAACGAGCUCUACGUGACGCUGGAACGCGGCGAGUUCGAGAGGGGCGGCAAGACGGUGCAGAAAAACGUGGAGGUCACCAUGGUGGUGGUGGACGGAGAGGGCGAGGUGGUGACGGACUGCGUGAGCCCCGGCUGCGGGGACGGCCACGUCCCCGAGUUCCGCUCGCUGGUGCUCUACCACAACAACGUCCCGCGCUGGGGAGAGACGCUUCGCCUGCCGCUCGCCGUCAACCGCUUCCGCGGAGCGCACAUCCGCUUCGAGUUCCGCCACUGCUCCACCAAGGACAAGGCAGAGCGGAAGCUGUUUGGCUUCGCGUUCACGCCGCUCAUGAAUGAAGACGGCAGCACCCUGGCGGACGCCACACACGAACUCUACGUCUACAAGUGCGAGGAGUACACGGACCUGUCGGCCUACGCCAACUACCUGGGCCUGCACAGCUCCAAGGACUACCAGAAGAGUGUGCCCAGCCCCUCCGUGCUGCAGAACGGGCCCUUCCAGCGCAGCCAGCGCGAGACCUUCUGGAUCUCCACGCUGCUCUGCUCCAGCAAGCUCACGCAGAACAGCGUGCUGCUUGGGCUGCUGAAUUGGAAGGCACACUCCAACCACGUGGUUGACAUCCUGCCCCAGCUCAAGGGUGUGCACAGCGGGGAAAUCGUCAAGUUCCUGCAGGACAUCUUGGACGCCCUGUUCUCCAUCCUGGACGACUCCCCUGAGAAGUACAGUCGUCUCGUCUUCCAGUCUCUGGUGCAAAUCAUAAACCUGGUGCGCGAGAGCCGGUUCGAGCACUUCCGCCCGGUCAUGGACACCUACAUCGAGAAACACUUCUGCGGAGCCCUCGCCUACAAGGAGCUCCUACGCUGCCUGCAGUGGUACAUGGACCGCUCCGUCGGAGCCGAGAAACAAGAUCACAUCCAGGAGAUGCUCCGAUCCCUGGAGUACAUCUUCAAGUUUGUGGUGCAGUCGCGCUGGCUCUUCGUGCAGGCGACGGGCGGUCAGGACGAGGGCGACUUCCGGCAGUCGGUGAACUCUUUCUUCCGCUCCGUGCAGUUCAGCCUCUCGCAGGAGAGCAAGGGCUCCGACACCGUCACCUACACGCAGGCGGCGUUCCUGAGCUCGUUCCCGGCGCUGUUUGGCGAGCUGCUGCGCAUGCUGAGCGUGCGGGAGGUGGCGACGCUGGUGCGCGACACGCUCGGCUGCCUGCCGCCCGUGAUGCGCAUCGCGCCCACGCUGCGCGCCACCCAGCUGCAGUGCGUCACGCUCACCACGCAGAGCCAGCUGUUCCACACGCCCGAACCGCGCUGGAUCCUGCUGCCCGUGGUGCUGCGUACGAUGCAGAUGCACCUGCAGCACCAGCUGGAGCUGCCGCUCUGCGCCACCGUGCUCGGCACCAUCUUCUCGCUCGUCAAAAGGGACAAGGAUAAGGGCGCGCCGGUGUCGGAGGAGCUCGAUAUGCUCGUGGGCAGCCUCCUGCACUCGCUCGUCCUGGUGCUGCUGGAGCUCACGAGCAGAGCCCACCACCCCAACGCCGGCACCGGCAUCGCCGUCACCACCACCACCGGCGGCGCAAUCCCCAUCUCCCCGCACGUCCACGCCUUCGGCUUCGCCUACGGCUCCCUGCGCCGCCCCCUCUCCCAGCAGCUCCCGCAGGACAUCACGGGCGAGUACGUGUCGUGCCUGCUGUCGCUCCUGAGGCAGAUGUCGGACACGCACUACCAGCAACUCCUCGACAGCUUCUCCAGCCGAGAGCACCUUCGCGAUUUCAUGCUGCAGAUUUUUGCCGUGUUCAAUUAUUUACUCCGGGAGGAUAUCUACCCGCGGGACUGGAUGCUGAUGCGAAUGGUGACCAACAACGUGGUCAUCACAGCCAUGCAGUACCUCUCCUCCGCGCUGCACAGCCAUUUCGCCGGCGAGGAGUUCGACAUUCAGGUGUGGAGCUCCUAUUUCAAUCUGGCCGUGAUGUUCAUCAACCAGCCGAGCCUGCAGCUGGAGGCCUUCACCAUGGCCAAGCGCCAGAAGAUCAUGGAUCGGUACGACGACAUGAGGGUCAUGAUGGGCUACGAACUCUUCAGCAUGUGGCAGAACCUCGGCGAGAACAAGCAGCACUUCAUCCCGGGCCUCAUCGGACCCUUCCUCGGCAUCACGCUGGUCCCUCAGGCCGAGCUGCGUGGAGUCAUGAUCCCCAUUUUCCACGACAUGAUGGACUGGGAGCAGCGGGUCCGUGGCAACUUCAAGCAGGUGGAGGCGGAGCUCAUUGACAAACUCGACAGCCUGGUGGCCGAGGGGAAGGGCGACGAGAAUUACCGGGAGCUCUUCUCCCUCCUCAACCUGCUGUUUGGGCCGUUCCCCAGCCUGCUGGAGAAGAUGGAGCAGGAGGCGUGGCGGGAGAGCGGGGUGUCUUUUGUGACGUCGGUGACUCGGCUCAUGGAGCGGCUACUGGAUUACCGGGACUGCAUGACGGACAAUGAGGCAGAAGACAAGAAGAUCGGCUGCACCGUGAGUCUGCUGAACUUCUACAAGAACGAAAUCAACAAGGAGGAGAUGUACGUGCGCUACAUCCACAAGCUCUUCGAGCUCCACCGGAAGGCGAACAACUUCACGGAGGCGGCGUUCACUCUGAACCUCUACUCGGAGCUGCUGCGCUGGGACGAGCAGCUGCUGUGCUCCCUGCUGCACUACCCCGUGCAGACUUCGUGGCAGCGGAAGGAGCAGCUGCUGCUCGACAUGAUCCACCUCUUCGAGUGUGGCAAGAGCUGGGAAAACGGCAUUCAGCUAUGCGAGGAGCUCGCGGAUCGAUACAAAGUUCGCUACGAGUAUCGCAAGCUCAGCAAAAUCCGGAAAACCGAGGCGGUGUUUUACGACCACAUCAUGGAGCAGCCGAGGCUGGAGCCGGAGUUCUUCCGCAUCGGCUUCUACGGCCGCAAAUUCCCGUUCUUCCUGCGGAACAAGGAGUUUGUGUGCCGGGGCCACGAUUACGAGCGCCUCGAGACGUUCCAGCAGCGCAUGCUGGGCGAGUUCCCGCACGCCGCCAUCCUCACCACGGCCGGCACGCCCGACGCCGGCCUGCAGCAGGCGGACACGCAGUACCUCCAGAUGUCGGCCGUGAGCCCGGUGCCCGAGGACUCGGCGCCGCUGAGCGCGGACGCGGUGCACGAAGGCAUCCGCUUCUUCUACCGCACCAACUGGGUGCAGCGCUUCCGCUACGACCGCCCCUUCCAGCGCGGGCCGCGCGACCGCGAUAACGAGUUCAAGAGUCUGUGGAUCGAGAGGACCACCCUAAAGUUGACGCACUGUCUGCCCGGCAUCUCCCGCUGGUUCGAAGUGGAGAGCAGGGAAGUGGUGGAGCUGAGCCCCCUGGAGAACGCCGUGCAGGCGCUGGAGCAGAAGGCUCGCGAGCUGCGGGCGCUCAUCGCGCAAUACAAGGGCUGCGCGGACGGGCGGGCGACGGGCGGUGGCGCCGGAGGAGGAGGUGGCGUUCCCAGCGUGCAGCCGCUGAGCAUGUGCCUCAACGGGGUCAUCGAUGCCGCCGUCAACGGGGGCAUCGCCCGCUACCAGGAGGCCUUCUUCAUGAAGGAUUACUUGGAGAGCCACCUGGACGACUGGCAAAAAGUCCUGCGGCUGAAGGAGCUGAUGAUGGAACAGGUGCACAUCCUGUACACGGGGCUGGAGGUGCACGAGCGCGUGGCGUCGCCCGACAUGCAGCCACUGCACAAGCGGCUGGUGGAGCAGUUCUGCAAGAUGCGCGCCAGCCUGGCCGAGCAGGAGACGGUGUGGAUGGGUCGCGGAGCUACGGGCGUCAACGUCCCCAUCAGUACCGACAUGCUCAAGUUCCUUAGCAGGCAAAGCCCGCUGAGCACCGAAGGCUCCGCUCGCCUCUCGGGGUCGUCGCUGUCGUCCCAGGCGUCGGUGGAGGCGGCGGGCCUCCCGUGGACGAGCGACGGGGCGCCCAGCGAGGGCCCGGACGAGGCCUUCCCGGUCCCCAUGCAGGCCAGCAGCCCCUCCACGUCCAGCCUGAGCUCCACCCGCUCCGCGCCGGCGUGCAUCUACUGCCCGGCGCCCUCGAGCGUCAGAGGCUCCCCGUCGCUGUCGGACAAGAUCCGCGAGUCGUUCACGUUCGGCCCCACGCCGUCCGUGCUGCCCCUGCCCCGCGACCGCCCCUUCAGUGCCCUCGUGCUGCCCAGCUCCAAGCAGCGGCCGCAGAGCUUGCAGCAAGUGGCCGGAGCCAUGAAACCGUGCAGCGAUCCCAACCUCUCCACCGGCGAGAAAGCGAUGCCGCCGGCGCCCAGCAGCUGGAGCUUGGACGAGAAGAGCACGACCCCACAACCCGCGCGAGCGUUCGCCCGCACGGAUGCCGAGCUGGGUCCGGGGUCACCCCCCGUGCCCCCACGGCAGCCCGCGACGACACCAGAUUCCCUGCCCAUCGGCGAAAGUCCUCCCGCCCUCCCGCUGAGGUCAUCAAAAAAGUCACCCCUCAGAACGAUCCCAGCCUCCCCCACCGACCCGCGCUCGCUCAACGGCGGGAGCCACGGUCGCGCGAGGGCGGCGGCGUUCUCGCAGCCCGGCGCCCAGACUCCGCCGCUGCCCGGCCACGUCGCCCGCGUCCCCUCGCCCCGCGGCCCGCCGCUGCCGAGGCCGGCGUCGCAGUACGCGCCGCGCCAUCGGCCGUGCGGCCGCGACGAGGCGGCGAGGGGCCGCGCGGCGUCCGCCGGCGACGGCGGGAGCGCCGGGCUCGCCGGCGGCACGUACGUGGCUCACGACAGCGAGGACGACGACGAUUACGAAGUUCUAAACGACCGAGACGGCGGCUACGACGACGACGACGGCGACCGCCCUCCGAAGCUGCCGGUGCGCGUCAGCCUAUCGGAGCCCAAUCGCAUAACCGGCGCGGAGGGGACGGUGCACCCCCGCCAGUCCCCCAGCCACGGCGGCUUCCGCAGCGUCUCGCUGCCGGGCAACGGCGUGACUCCGCCGGCGCUCCCGCCAAAGCCGGCAAGCGGGCGCGCGGGGACGAACGCCCGCAGGGCCAGUGAGAGUGCCGCGAAGCCGCACGGGGAACGGCAGCCCAGCCCGCUGCCACGCAAGAUGUCGCAGAACAAUAUCGGCCAAGUGAGCGACUUGCUGUAGGUCCGGGGGCAAACAGGCCGUCCUCCCGCAGCCGGCCCGGCGUUAACUCGCCGGGUCCUGCGCGAAGCGAUAGCGGUUCGUGCGACGCCGCGCGACGAGUUCGAUGCAAUAUUUUUUAUUUUUUUUUGGGGGGGCAAGGGCGAUCAUCGACGGUUUGAGAAUCGAAACGGGGGACCCCUUGUCCGAAGCCAGGGGAGUUUUAGUCGUUGCCAUUGCAGCCAGUCGCGAAAAAAAUAUUAUAAUUGCACGUUCAGACGAUUCGCAGUGAUCGCCCGUCCGCGACGGGCAGAGGUUGCUUUUUUGCGAAGGAGCGCGUGCAGUUCCAGAAGGGUUUGUUUACAGCUGUCGACCACGGCACACGAAGGUAGCCAACGCAGUUGGCCUCUUUAUUUGUUUUCCUUUCUUCCCUGCCUCCCUUCCGUCUCUUUUUGAACAAGACGGGGAAAAAAAAUCGACAGAGUGGCAAACGCGCGUUCGUGAGUGAAUCGGUUUCCUUUGCACCGUGGUUGCCGUGGUUACCGUGGUUGCCGUGGUUACCGUGGUUACCGCGGUUACCGUGGUUACCGUGGGAUCAUCCAUUCGGCAGCGGAAAUCGACGUCCGCAAGCCAGGGCGGGAGGGAGGAAAAACUAAAAUCGUCCAAGUUGGUAACGCAGCCGCUUCAAAAGUCAGGGAAUCGGUGAACCCGUUGGUGGAUCGGCGUAAUUAGACGGCACUACUAAUGAUGCUCUGUAAAUGCGUGGCGUAAUUUCGCCUCUUAUGCUGGUCGUAUACUAACUUUGAUCUAUAUCGAGGAGUUAAUAGGGUCUAUAUGACUUUUUGUAACAUUAGUCAUGUGUUUUUUCCCCCCACUGCCCCCCCCCCCCCCAUUUUUAAAUAGCGAUGUAUAUUACUUACUUUGGGAGCAAAAUUAACACAAUUUUCCCUUUUAGCCUGCACAAGUAAUCACUGUGUGUGUACAUAAUGGUAACAUUGUGAAAUAUAAGGGUUUAUUUAUAAUGCACAGUUCCUUUUUUUAAAAGACGUCAAAAAUAAAUUUCCUUGAUCUCCAUUCGGGACCAUAAAUUCCCUAACCCUUGUGACAUAGAUUUUAAUAUGCUGUACAGUACAUAUUUCUAAUGUGAGAUGUCUAUCCAUAACCCCAAAUUAAAUUGAGCCAUGUGGUUCACCAUUGUUCCUAAAUAUAGCUGCUUAAUGUUACAUUUACCACAUGUAAAAAGAAAAAUAACCUCUAAUCUAGCCAUUGUACGUCGUCUGUUUGUCAAUUUGUAUGGGUUUUUAACGUACUCAGUGGACUAAAAAUAACUUAGUAGGUCUUAAUUUAUGUAAAUUUACCCUACUGUAACCUUUAACACUGUUGCACUGUGAACGUGUGGUUGUUUUUAACUUAAAGGUUAUUAAACAACGAAAUAAUGACAAAAUAAAAAAAAAUUCUUCAA